AUGGAUUGGUUUGUUAUGUAUUUAAUAGUUGUGACUCUUGUCGUAGUCAAGGGUUACAAAUCUCUUGACCUGGAAAAUCUCAUCGACUUAGUGAGACGAAGAAGCAUCUUAACCGAUGACGAAAAAAUCUUGGGAGUCCCAAAAUAUGUUGAGCAUUUGCCACGGGCUGAGAAGAUAUUACCAGGGCACACGUUACUGAAACCCUCCUUCGGUAUGCUAAAGUCCGCAGUGAAAUUUCCUCAAAGAAGUGUGGGCAACAAUGUAUAUGGAAAUAUAAAUAAUAUUGGAAUAGCAUUUGGGAAUACCAAUGAGAGAAUUAGAUAUACAGGUUUUAGAAAAACUGAGAAUGUCAUGGUAAAUAACGAACGUCGAUCCAGAAAAAUAAAAUCUGCCUAUAGAAUAAGACAAAGUAGCGAGUCGACAGCGUCAUCCGAUCUUUCUCCAUCAUCAGCCAGCUCAGACUACGAGAAGAAUGCCGGAAACCCCUUCACAAUACACAAGGACAAAUAUAAACAAAAUUGGUUAUGGAACCACCAGAUGGAUGGUGACCAUAUGAAUGUGAACCCCUACGCACCAAUAUUUCAAAAUUAUGGUCCUUCUGGUUCAUCAUUAUUUUUUGGCAGAAAGUGGUGGUAUUAUAAUCAAGAUGACUUCAAACCUUUGGAAUAA